AUGGAGCGCGCUGGCGAGGCCCGCGCGGCCGCGCUGAUGCAGCAGCACCAGCAGCAGCUGCAGGUGCAGGUGCAGCAGGGGAUGUCGCCAAUGCAGAUGGCGGCGACGUUCGGCGCCGAGCAUCCCGUGGCGGCGGCGCCGGCCACGGCCAAGCCGAGGGCCGCGGGGCUGCCGCCGACGCCGCCUACCUCCUUCAACGGGCAGCGCGGCGACGUGUGCAUGGAGGACUCCUCCGCCUCGGCCGCGCGCAAGGCGGCGGCGCCGGCGCACCGCCGCUCCCGCAGCGACGUGCCGUUCGCGGGCUACUUCCCGCCGUCGUCGUCGCAGCAGCACCAGCUGCUGCCGCAGCCCAAGACGGAGGCCGGCGGCUGGGGCCACGACGGCGACGACCUCUUCAACUCCUACCUCAACCUCGACAACCUCGACGCGCUCAACUCCUCGCCCGACAGCCGCGGGAGCAGCGCCAAGGCCUGCAGCAGCGAGAACGACGACUCCGAGGAGUGCGCCGCCGGGAUCCGCGGAUGGGCAGCCGACGGCGCCGGCGCCGGCGUCAAGAGGAGCGCCGCGGGGGAGCCGGCCGCCGGGCGGCACGCCAGGAGCCUGUCCAUGGACAGCCUCAUGGGGAGGCUCAACUUCUCCGGCGCCGCCGCCGGGGCGUCCAACGGCGGGGGCGGCGCCGGGACCAUGUUCAGCCUCGAGUUCGGCAGCGGCGAGUUCACCCCCGUCGAGAUGAAGAAGAUCAUGGCCGACGAGAAGCUCGCCGAGAUGGCACUCGCCGACCCAAAGCGCGUCAAAAGGGUGCUGGCCAACAGGCAGUCGGCGGCGCGGUCCAAGGAGAGGAAGAUGCGCUACAUCGUGGAGCUGGAGCAGAAGGUGCAGAUGCUGCAGACGGAGGCCACCACGCUCUCCGCGCAGGUCACGCUCCUCCAGCGCGACUCAGCCGGGGUGGCGACGCAGAACAACGAGCUGAGGUUCCGGCUGCAGGCCAUGGAGCAGCAGGCGCAGCUCCGCGACGCUCUCAACGAGGCACUGACCGGUGAAGUCCAGCGCCUGAAGAUCGCGACGGCGGAGCUCGGCGUCGGCGACUCCUGCUCCUCCAACGGCAUGGCUCAGCAGAACCAGAUGUUCCAGCUCCAACAACAGCAGCAGCAGCAGGCUACACCCAUACCGUUCUACCAACUGCAGCACCAACAACAGCAGAAUGGCGCAGCAAACAACCAUGAAUCAUGAGAACGAUUACAGAGGAAUUCGGAGUAGAGAAACAUUGCAGACAGAUCGAAAGAAAAAAUUGGUUUGUUUAGAUGAGAUGAAGUUUAUAUGGUUUCCUGACUCAUUUGUUUUAAUGUCGUCAAUAAUCACCUUGUAAUUUUCCAGGCCAUGAACCCUGCCUGUACUUUUCUUUUCUUAUGUUCAUUGAUUCUUUGGAUGUUAAAUUUCAGUCACCAAACUGGUGGAGU